UGUGGGGUAAAGGAUUUCAUCUGGCAUUUUAUUCAGUGAAUGCAGCUCUCACAGGGAAGCCUCUAAAAGAGACAUAACCUUUUUCACUGCCUGUCCUCUGCUUUGCAGCCUGGAAGAAAGGGGCUGCCCUUGCUUUUGGAGGUAACCUUUUGGGCUCCUCAGUACUGGAACAAGUUUUUCUGCAGCUGCACAAAGCACCCCAGAGGCUUUUCCUGGCAGGGUGUGCAGAGCCUGCUAAAAUAUUGCAGCCGGGAAAGCACUGCGAAGGAUCUUGCUGGAAAUGUUGGGAGAUGUGAAUCUUCCACAAAGCAUCCCAUGUAACAGCCAAGCCGCUCAGUCACAACUACUUGGAAUACACAGUAAUUUCCUGUGUUUUUUCAAUCUCACUUUAGCUCCUCUGACAGAUGGGGAAAGAUGACUAAACCGAGGGAGUUUACGAAAGUUCGUCUUGUGGUGUUUGCAAACUGUCUCUGUGAGGUCCAUUUUCUCUAAUGUAAACACAGCCAUGGCAGGGUGCCGAGCGCUUUUGCAGCAGUUAAUCCAGCUCAGCGUAAGGCUGCUAACGCGAGGUGUAGCUGGCUGGCGGGUCCAUGCAGGGGAACCGAGCACAAACCAGCCCUGGGAUGAUGAGACCUUCACUCCUCUUGAGUCUCCAUGGAGAGCAUAAAACAAAGCAGCUGUGGCUGUAAGACCAGAAUGAAUUUGCCAUUUCAGGGUCAGGGACUUGGCGUGUCAGGGGGCUUGGGGUCAGGUGUGGAAGGUUCGAUUAAACUCCAGGGAAGUAAUCAUGUGUAAGUGGUUGCAUUUGGGGCUAUAGCUGGCCUGUUGUUGCUCUCCCUAGUCUUUAAGUCAUAGCAAGGAAGUGAGCAUGCCCUGGAGAAUGUGGAGUUUCAGUUCCUCAGCUUUGCAAAAGUGGUGCAGACUGCAAGGUACACGAAGCUUUCUCACCAGAUCCAGCUGAAAGGCCAGGCUUGGUUUACAGGUGCCGGAAGAAAUGCAGCCCCAGCCCCCCAAGCACAGAGCAGAGAAUGCUUCUUUGCAGCCCGAGAGCACAAAAUGCUACACAAGAGCACUGAUGGAAAUUUUAAAAAGCAAGAGCCGAAAAAGCAAGAACUUCAGACCACCAUGGUGACUCUAUGCUCCAUGCCUUUGUGUCCAUGUCUCAGAUCUGAGUAAGGCUGCCUCCAAGACUCCUCUACAGGGAGGCGGCCGGCGGGGUUAGUGGGGGAGCAGCUCCCGGGCCGAUGCUGCUGCCGCGCUGGGAGAUGCGUCUCUACGGGCUCCUCGCCGUGGGCUCUCACCUCUACGGUUUCUACGAAGCACACCAGGUGUCUCAAAAGUAUGAAGCUGUGUUGGAUAGAAGGUUUGGGCUGGAACCAGGGACUCUCUUUCGAGGCCUCAAAAAGGAUCCCAUUGACUUUGAGUGGAGCUACUGGAUCGAAUGGGGAAAGGAACGUAUACUGUGGCUUCUGGCUGGUCACCUGCUGGUAUCACAAGUGUCCAGGCUCUUGGUAGAGAAGUAUAAACCAUGGUGCUUGAUGGUUUAUGGAAUGGCUGCCUGCUGGUUGUUACUGGGAAUCAAGGGCUUUGCUGUAAUUUUGUUACAUGCAGUGAUUUCAUUUGCUGUGGCUCAGUUUCGGCUGUCACUCCUGACAUGGUUAUCCUCCCUUAUCCUGCUGUCCACAUUACGCAUACCAGCUGUGGAAGAAGCCAAGAGAAAGUGGUAUGACACUGAAAAUGAGUAUUAUCUGCUGCUCUUCACGCUGUCUGUUCGUGGUCUCUUCUGCACUAGCUUCAGCCUGGAGUACUGCUGGCAUGGACCUGCCCAGAAGUCAUCCCACUCAUUCCUGUGGAUGCUGGCAUAUGUGUUUUAUUAUCCCACGUUCCACAAUGGACCUCUUAUGAAUUUUGAUGAAUUCAGUAAGCAGAUGAGGAGACAAGAAACCUUCAGUUUGAAGACCAAUCUCGGCAUCUUAAUUGUGGGGAUAAUUCGUAUUAUUUUUUGGUGGUGCCUUGCUGAGCUGAUGAUUCACCUCAUGUAUAUCCAUGCUCUCUACAGCAGUGUUCCACCUUUGGAAGCUGCGUCAUACUGGGCCUUGGGUGGCCUGGCUUUAGCUCAAGUGCUAUUUUUUUAUGUGAAAUACCUGGUUCUAUAUGGCAUUCCUGCCCUCCUCCUCCAAAUGGAUGGACUGAAGCCUCCACCUCUGCCUUGCUGUGUGAGCCUCAUGCACAGUUUCACUAAAAUGUGGAGAAGUUUUGAUGUUGGGUUACAUCGCUUUCUGGUCAGGUACAUUUAUGUUCCGAUGGGAGGAUCUCAGUCCAGUCCGCUGGGAAUGCUCUUUUCCACAGCCCUCACUUUUGCCUUUGUAAGCUAUUGGCACGGAGGACAGAGUUAUCUGUGGUACUGGGGCGUGCUUAAUUGGCUUGGAGUAAUUGUGGAAAAUGGCAUCAAGAGGAUACUUUCUAUUUCACUAAUUCAAGAUUUGAUUGAGCGUUUCUUCUCUCCAAGAAUUCGUCGUCGACUUCAUGCUGUCCUAGCAUCUGUUAGCACUUCAAUGCUGAUUUUAUCAAAUCUAAUAUUUCUUGGAGGAAAUCAUGUUGGAAAAAUCUACUGGAACAGGAUCUUUAUGGAAGGCUGGCCAUGGGCAACACUGACUGUUCUCGGGUUCCUGUACUGCUACGCUCACGUUGGAAUCGAAUGGGAGCAAAUGCAUGCUGUGAAUCAGGAAUGACGCAGAAUAAUGAUUUUUAAGACAGGUUGAUGGCUUUUCUACACUGGAUAUCCUACCUGCAGAAGGAUGCGCCUGACCAAGGGAUUUGGUUAAUGUGUUAAAACCAAAAGCUCAUGGAAUUUAUUCUGGAUUGGGAAUGCGGGAAUUGAACCAGAAACACUGAUGGACUAUGGCUGGGGAGAAAUUAUGAAGCAUUGUGAAUUAUUUUAUUUUUAUAAAACAGCAUCUCUGUGACUCUACGUACAUUGGAUUCAUGCAUCUCAGAAGAGGUAUUUUAUGUAUGUUAAAGAUUGUAUUUUUGUCUUCCAAUAUUUUGCUGCCUAUUUUGAAAUAACGAAGGAAAAAAAAAAAUGUUUCCUACCUUGCACAAUCCAAAAAGCCCAAUCUCAGCUUCUGUCCAGUGGCACACAGGGCUGUGCCCUAUACUUAUGUUACUCCAUGAAGGGCAGGAUGCUCAUCAGUUCUUCCUGAUUGCUUUCUGAUACAAGUUAGAACAUUUUUGCUAUUCUCGGUGACAGCAGUAGUUCAGCCUUAAGCUACCUCUCUACUUACUGUAGUGAAGUCUGCUUUUCUCUCUUUAAUUUCUUCACUUAAAAUUUUGCCUUUAAAACAAUAUUUUUUUAUAUAAUUUUAUGAAUUGUUUUGUUUGUUUCUUUAAAAUGAGGGAGAGGUCUUUACUUAAUGAAUAGCUUUUCUUUUUAAUUGAAUAAGACCCUAGAGCUCUUUGGGCUCUCAGCACUCUCUACCUUGUGUUAGAGCUAAAGCAUUUAUUAUUACCUUUAUUAUGGGGCAAAUCCCACCUUCAAGAGAACUGUUCUGUCUGCCUCUUGUCUUUUUUCUAUUACAAAAGGAGAUAAGCCAGCUCUGGCUGAAUGGUAAAUCUGUUCAGUGUGCUUCAUUUUCUGAUGUCCAGGCAAUCAGCUCCUGCAAUACAAAAGGCACUCUAGGAGCAGCAUUUGAAGAUGUUAAAAAAAACAAACACAGACACACACACAAAAACCCAACAAACCAAAGCAAAAAACAAACAAACAAACCCGACAACAACAAAAAAAAACCCACACCACAAAACACACACAAAAAAACACAGAAUGGUCCAAUACAGUGGCACCAAAUUAGCCAGAGCUCCGUGUCCUUUGCCCACCGCCAGACCUGUUACAGCAGCAUCUUCGCUAAAAGAAGGGGUUGUCCAGAGCUGGGCAGGUCCUGCCUUUGAGCAUUGGUGCAGCAGGAGAGCUUCAGCCCAUGCUUGUUUUCUGAGGGAAGGGGAGACCCUACUCACAUCUGGCACAAGGGGUGUCUCCCAAGCUGUUCUUCUUUAAACUGAUGUUGAAGAGCAGCCAGAAAACCUUUGUAAUCUUUCUGAAGUUAGACAUUCCUCCUAGGCCUGGCAAAAGGCCACCAGUCCUGGAGAAGGCUUCUUCCAAGAGCAGCUUCCUGUACCCGAAGCAGGAGGACUCCUACCAAAACUUGUUCUGUGUCCCCCCACCCCCAUUUUGGCCUGUUUGGAGGUACAGUUAGCAUCCUACUGUCCAUCACUCCUGCAGCUUCAGCCAAGGCUAAUCAAGCUCAUCCCUCCAACAAGAAAUUCCAUCCCCAAGAUAGGUUUGCACUUAGUGCUUGCAUUUCUGAUGCCUCUGCUGCUCAGAACUAUGGCAGCCCUUUUUCCCCUUCAUUUGUUCCUGAAGAAGUAAGGACAAAGUCUUUAGCUCUUUACCCAUCUGGAGACUACACUCAUCUCUUGCUGUUUCAAAGCAGAAUCUUCCACCCUUUAUGUUUAGGGAAUUUUUUUUUUCCACCCUGAGAAUGCAGUGAUUGCCCUUGGAAAUACUGUGGACUGUUGAAAAUAGGACUUACAUUGAAUGCUGCCUGGCCAGAGACAUGGCCCUCCUGAUUGACUUAUGAUGAUUGCAGGGAUCCUCUCAGCCAAAGAAGUACAUUACUCUCACCCUCUGAAUUUACUAAAAGAAUCUGCAAUUUGCCUCCAUUUUGGAGCAGAACUGAGUUAAGGGCAAGAACUUCCUCAAACUUAAACUUUGUAAUUAAGUGAAAUUAGCAUUGGAGUGAAAAGUCAUGAGUUUUUUUUCUUCAGUGUUAUCGACUACCAUUAUUACAUGAAACAAGGGUCUGCUAAGUUAUUAGAUUCCAAUUUGUAUGCAUGCAAAUCUUCCUACUCCAAUAUGGAGAUGACCUUGAAGGUCAUCUAGAGUAUGCUUAUUUCUAAAGUAAAAUUAUUUGGGGUCUCAUUGUUUGUUUUGUUUUUCCAGCGCUUUGUAUGUCUUUCAUAACUUUUUAUCCUUUUUCCUUUUUUAAAAAUAAAGCUCAAACUGACUGUUGGCUUGAGAA